UUUGUUUUUCGCAGAUCGGACUGUUAAACCCUAAACCCUUCCCUACCCCCGCCCGCCCAUAGUCGAUUGCGGAGCAUGCGCCAUCUGCUUGGAACAGUCACACAUCGGCGGCAUCGUCUCUGCCGCCCAGUAGCCGCCGUGUAUCUUCUCCAUUCCGCUCAUUACAGGGCUCCUCCGAAAGCACCGACGCCCCCGUCCCCCCCGACGCCCCCGAAACCGCCUCAAAAGCCCGCGACCUUCACCUUCCACGAACAAUCAUGGGAGGACCCCUACAGCUGGAUGUCCAGCCUCAACGAUAAGGUCGCCAUGCGCCACAUGGACGUGUGCAUGGAGCAAGAAGAGAAGUACACCGAGGCCGUCAUGUACGACACCCAACGCCUACAGAGCAAGCUCCAGUCCGAAAUGGCCUCUCGCAUGGCCUUUGACCUCUCCACCCCUCCUCUCCGCUGGGGUCCAUGGUUGUACUAUCGGCGAGUCGAAGAAGGGAAGCAGUAUCCAGUGCUCUGCCGGAGAUUGGCAAGCUUGAACGAAGAGUUCAUUUCAAAUAAAUCUCCUUCAGCUGGAUUCGAUUUCACGUCUGGGAGGAGAAUUGAGCAAAAGCUUCUUGAUUACAAUGAAGAAGCUGAAAGAUUUGGAGGCUAUGCAUUUGAAGAAUCAUCAGAAGUGUCACCAGACCACCGGUAUUAUGCAUACACUAUGUAUGAUAAAGACAAUGACUACUAUAAGUUAUCUGUUAGAGAUUUGAAUUCUGGUGCCUUACUUAGUACACCUCAAGUUGAUCGUGUUUCUAAUUUGGCCUGGGAAAAACAUGGGAAAGCAUUGCUUUACACGGUCACAGAUCAGAAUAAGAGGCCAUAUCGGAUAUAUUGUAGCAUGAUUGGAUCAAAUGAGCACGAUGUUAUGCUUUUUGAAGAAUUGGAUGACAAUAUCCAUGUCAAGAUAAGGCACACAAAAGAUUUCCAAUUUGUGACUGUAAACACCUUUUCUGUUGCAUCUUCUAAGGUGUUUCUGAUAAAUGCAGCUGAUCCUUUGUCUGGCAUGACAUUAGUAUGGGAGUGUGAAGCUCAAGCCCACUGCAUAGUUGAGCAUCAUCAAGGGUUUCUUUAUUUAUUUACUGAUGCAGCUAAGGAGGGCCAACCAGUUGACUGUCACUAUCUCCUACGUUGUCCUUUUGAAGCUUCUUCCAAUUUUAGAGACUGGGAGAGUGUAUUUAUUGACGACCAGGAUUUGGUUAUUGAGGAUGUUGAUUUCAAUGAGACACACUUAGUGUUGAUUUUGAGAGAAGGCCGAGUGUUUAGGAUUUGUUCAGUUGCUCUACCUUUGCCAAGCGGGAAGGGAGCAGUUCAUCUGGAGGAACUUAAACCACGUUUCCUGCCUCUUCCAAAAUAUGUAUCUCAAAUAUCACCUGGACCAAAUUAUGACUACCACUCCUCAAUUAUGCGCUUUACAAUAUCAUCACCCAUAAUGUCUGAUGCUGUCGUUGAUUAUGACUUAUCAAAUGGCAAGUGGAAUAUCAUCCAACAGCAAAACAUGCUUCAAGAGAGAACUCGAAUUUUAUAUGGGGCUUCAUCUACUAGCAACAUUGAAAAACUAUCUACCUCCAAAUGCACUGAUUCCAUAUAUGGGGUCAAUUUUGAAGAUGAUCGCUUGUGGAAUGACCUCUCUGAGUUCUAUGCAUGUGAACAGUAUAGUGUUCCUUCUUUUGAUGGAGCUGUGGUUCCAUUGACUAUUGUUUACUCACGUAAAAAUAAAAAGGAGAAUCAAAGUCCUGGUUUACUUCAUGGACAUGGUUCUUAUGGUGAGUUACUUGAUAAAGGGUGGUCCAGCGAAUUAAAAAGCCUGCUUGAUCGUGGUUGGGUUGUCGCAUAUGCUGAUGUUAGAGGUGGAGGUGGUGGGGGUAAAAAAUGGCAUCAUGAUGGCAGACGCACACAAAAACAUAAAUCCAUUGACGACUACAUCUCAUGUGGCAAAUUUCUUAUUGAGAAGGGGUUUGUGCAAGAAAACAAGCUUGCUGGCUAUGGAUAUAGUGCUGGGGGACUUUUGGUUGCUUCAGCAAUUAAUUCUUGCCCAGAUUUAUUGUGUGCUGCAGUUUUGAAGGUUCCAUUUUUAGAUCCAACAACCACCCUUCUUUAUCCCAUUUUGCCACUUACUGCAAAUGACUAUGAAGAGUUCGGUUAUCCUUGGGACAUUGAAGAUUUUUUGGCUAUUCGGAAAUACUGUCCUUAUGACAAUAUUCAGAAGGGUGCUCUGUACCCGGCUGUAUUAGUGACAUCUUCUUUCAAUACAAAAUUUGGAGUUUGGGAAGCUGCAAAAUGGGUUGCACGGGUUCGUGAACGAACUAUUUAUGACCCUAAGCGUCCAGUUCUGCUUAAUUUGACGACGGAAAUAGUGGAGGAAAACAGGUAUUUACACUGCAAGGAGGCAGCUUUGGAGACCGCUUUUCUUGUCAAAAUGAUGAGUUCCUAGAAUGGCUGGUUCAUGGAUAAAGAACUUGAUUUGGCGUUUGAUUUCGCCUGUUGAGAUCCUGAAUUUUCUAAUAUGUAAAGGUCAUUGUAGCCCAUUUUAUUAAGAUGUUUUAUAAAGAAUGUGGUUUUUUGAAAUUUUUGACUCACCAGCGGCUGUGGUUGAUGGACUGCUAGCUAGAAGAACGUAAGAUGUAAAAACUAGCGAUGCAUAUGUAAAAUUUAAUUAGCUGACAAGAUCAGCAAACAUGUAUGGUGUAUGAAUCUAGGACGUUAGAAAAAAAGAAAGAAUAUAACCUGUUAACAGCAAAUGUAACAAUGGAAUAAAGAUCUACACACACCAUCAUCCAAAUGGACAGUGAUGUGAGUCUGACUUUAUUAUUUUUUUGAUGAAUUAUAUAUAGAAAAUUUGAAGAGAAUUUUGAAGUU